AGAAGAGAAGGGGGGAGACAGAGAGAGAGAGAGAGAAAGAGAGAGAGAGGGAGAUUAGGCAUUUCUUCAUAUUCUGUAGUCACUCCAGUUCUGCUUGUAGGAACAGAUGUCUCUGUCCUGGGGCGAUAGCAUUCAGGUCCACGAGGAAAUUUUCUUACCAGCAGCUCUUCUAACAUAGAAUGGAGAUCGGACCAGAGAUUGCUGGAAAGCCAGUGACCAUGCCGACCUCCACCCAAGUGCCAGCUCUUGGCCACAUCAACUCUACCCAGCAACCCAACUCCAGCAUCUACACGUUCUCCAAGUUCAUCCACCCUGACAAAGAAUUGUACAAACAAUUUUACAGCCUAUGGAUUGCCCUGAUAGUUGUCAAUGCCAUUAUCUUCGUGGUGGGUGUUGUGCUGAACAGCUUGGCAUUGUAUGUAUUCUGCUUCCGUACUAAGACAAAAACCACCUCUGUUAUUUACACCAUCAACUUGAUUGUUACCGAUCUCUUGGUAGGCUUCUCCUUACCUGUACGGAUCAUUAUGUUCUAUACUGCAGAGGGCUGUGUGCAUUGCUCCUUUGUUCAUAUCUUUGGCUACUUUGUCAACAUGUACUGUAGCAUCCUCUUCUUGACGUGCAUCUGUGUUGACCGCUACCUGGCUAUUGUACAGGUGCAAGCCUCACGAAAAUGGAGGAACCCCACCUGUGCCAAGGGGAUCUGUGUCUUCAUUUGGAUUUUUGCAACGGUAGUGACUUUCUCCAUCCUCACCAUGGCAAUACGGUUUGCCCAGUGCUGCCUCUCUGAGAUUCUGGUCCUGAUGGUCUGCGAGUAUUUCGUCCCCCUCAUCAUAAUCAUCUUCUUCACCACCAGGAUUAUGUGUGCUCUGUCCAAGCCCAGCCUCAUGCACCAGAGUCGGGAGAGGAGAAUGAAGGCUGUGCAACUCCUCAUCACCGUCCUUAUCAUCUUCAUGAUCUGCUUCACUCCUUUCCAUGUGCGACAUCUAGCGAUCUCCAUCAAACCAGACAUGCCCCACAAUGUCAGCCUCCUUGUCUACCAUGUGACAGUGACUCUGAGUAGUCUCAACAGCUGCAUGGACCCUAUUGUCUACUGCUUUGUCACCAACAACUUCCAGUCAACCAUGAAAAAUAUCUUCAGGAAAACCGAACCAGAGCAAACCACUGUGGACAUCCUGGGUGUGAACAAGAACACCAAGGGCUCCAAUGCAAUUAUCACCUUCUCAAACACAAUAGGAAGCCCUGUGAGCUUGCCAUCACCAAGCAGCGUCCAGAUCUAACCCAGUUCUGAUGGAACAUGCUGCAGUAAACCAGUGUAAUGAUGCUGGAACCCUGGUAGGGUGCAUGGUAUCAUUGUCUGACAUCUUUGUUCUUUAGGGAGACUUUCAGAAUGACAGUAGUGGAAUUUAUUCUUCAAAAACAUUGCGGUCUGUUUGGAAAAUUGAACUUGCAGUGCUUUUAGUACCAAUACAAAAGAGAGUUUAUUAAUUACUGUUUCCCACAGGAAUGUUUUCUUUGUAUUUUAAUACAGACAUUUUGCUAACAACAAA